AUGAAUAUGGAAAGGCUCCCGAUUAUUUCAGAAAUAUAUGGUGAUAAGAAUUCUGGGAGGAGUGAGUUUUGUUAUUACAUGGCGCAAAAUGUAAACUCAUUAUGGAUAGAGUCGUGUAAGAGAACGUGCACUAAAACAGCAGACUCUCUUAUGAUAGACUUAAACAGCAUGCAUAUAUGCAAGAUAGAAUAUGUUCAUUUAUUAGUAAAUAAGCUAAAAACAAAUGAAAUUCAAUGCUUUAUAAAAGAUCACAAGGUAAACCUUCUUGUAAUUAAUAAUUUAGAUGAUUUUCUAGCUGAUUGUACAGAAAGAAAAUGGGAGUAUGCCGAGCUGGUGAAGAAUUUAAAACUUUUGUACAUCACGCAUUCUGUAAAAAGCAUAAUUAUAACACAAAGCAGGCCAGAGCAGUUUAAGCCUGUAGUAAUUGGCAACAGGCCCAUGUGGAGCACAAGCACAGACAAUAAAUCUAAUGAAUAUGCACAGGAAGAGGAUGAGAGGGGUUUUGGUAUAAAUAUAAAUAUUUACAAUAUAUUGAAAAGGUAUAAAAAAGAAAAGAUCCCUAAGUCAACUGCAGAGUCUGCCCUAUGGAACAUGUGCAUGCCCACCAGAUUUUAUAUAGAAAAAACCCCUGCUGCUGAAAUACGCAUUUUAAAGGUAAUAAAGCCCAAACUAGCAAGCAAUCCUGAAUAUAUACUAAAUGCAACCCCAACAAGAAUAACCAUGAAAAGAAUUGAACCAAGCGACAAUUAG